CUAUUCGCGAAAACAACCUGAGCAGUUUAUGCAUAUUGUAUUUUCUUGUCAGCACUCAAUACUGUCGAGGUCAGCGAGACAUGCUUUAUCCGGGUGAGAGAUAGAGUUAACAUGGCGGAUCAUGCUCAUGAUUCUUCUCAAUCCUCAAGAGAGCAUCAUGAAAACGGCGUCGAUAAAAGUCACGAACAAGAAACAACAAGACUACCAUUCCAUCCUGCCUCGCGCGCAUUAUGGAACUUUUCCACCCAAUGGUUUCUCGUCCCACAAGGCACGGGCAUCAUCGCUUUAAUCCUUCACCAAUUGAACUAUCAAUUUAGUGGGAUCGAGGUCAUCUCCGUGGUAAUCUGGAUAUACACCAUUAUCUUGCUUGCGCUAUGUUUGUUUGCCUACCUCCUCCGCGUGAUUCUUUACCCUCGACAUGUUGCUCGCGUGCUGAGGACGAGUAUCGUUGAAACCGCAUGCCUUGCUAGUGUACCCAUUACCUUCACCUCAAUCAUACAGAUGACGACGCUCGUCCUGGUACACUCAUGGGGCAAGGCAUGGGCAAUUGUGUCAUUCGUACUAUGGUGGAUCAAUACCGGUUUGGUGCUGGUAGCGGUUAUGGUUAUCCCGUAUGUCUUCGUCAAGGUCCAACCUCCAGGCGUCAAGGCCAUUUUACCGUGUGUGCUACUACCAUUAAUUUCAGCGUUGACAUCUGCUGCCGGCGGUGGUGUCCUCUGCGUAUACGGACAAAUAAGCCCACGUCUCCAAGUCCCCAUUAUCAUCGUUUCAUACCUAGAAAUUGGUCUUGCGCUUCCAAUGGCACUCGGAUUGAGUGAGAUAUUUGCGACUCGCCUCUUCGACCGCUCCUUCCCUAAGCUCGAACAAAUAUACCAAGACAUGAUCCUCUGUGGCCCAUUUGGACAAGGUAGUUUUGCAUUCCAAGUUCUCGGACAGGCAGUUUUAAAAGGCGCCUUUGCAGAAUACAAUCGUGGCACCUUUCUUACAGCUCAAGCCACACAACCUGUUGCAUUUGCGAGUCAUUUCGCAGGUCUGCUUUCUUGGGGAUAUGGGACUUUUUGGUGGUGUUUUGCGAUUAUCAGUAUAGUGCAUACGUUUAUCUCGCAGCCGGGUGGGAUCAGGGGGUCACAUUUUACUAUGUCGGCUUGGGCGUUGGUUUUUCCGUGGGGCGUUUAUACAAAUGGAGCUGUACAGCUGGGAAGGAUUAUGGAUGCGCCAGCAUUCAAGGUGUGGUCUACGACACUUUUUAUAUUGAUACUUGUCAUUUGUAUCGCGCUUCAUAUUUUCACUAUCAAAGGCCUUAUUACCGGAAAAGUAUUGGGUCUUGCGCAUGGUUGGAGGAAGGGUGCUUAUAGGGACGACAUUGGUGAUAAGGAUGUUUGAUAUAUAGAUUGAUACGCUACAUUUGAGAUGAACUUUGAGCUCUUGCUCUUCACUGAUAC